AUGAUUUUUUCUGAAAUGAGCACGGUUGCUGACUCUGUUAAAGUUCAUCCACCUAAUGGAACAAGAUUUUAUACUUUUCAGGAAUUUGCUGCACUGACAAAAGAAUUAAAUACUUGUAGAGAACAACUGCUGGAAAAAGAAGAGGAAAUUUCUGAACUUAAGGCUGAGAGGAACAAUACACGACUGUUGUUGGAACAUUUGGAAUGCCUUGUGUCAAGACACGAACGAUCACUGAGAAUGACAGUGGUGAAACGGCAAGCUCAGUCCCCUUCAGGGGUUUCCAGUGAAGUUGAGGUUUUGAAGGCAUUAAAGUCACUUUUUGAGCACCAUAAGGCUUUAGAUGAGAAGGUGAGGGAACGUCUACGAAUUGCUCUGGAGAGGGUUUCCACACUGGAAGAGGAAUUGGCAGCUGCUAACCAGGAGAUAGCAACACAACAAGAGCAAACAGUCCAUGCCCAGAAGAAUGAAGAAUUAAUAGAAUCAGAACUUCCCGAGGGAGCAGAGCAAGGUCAAAAGAUCCAUGGAAAGCCUCUUUCUAAUGGUUCUAUUGACCCUAAUGAUAAAAUUAAUGAAGUUGUGGAACUACAAGAAUUACUGGACAAACAGAAUUAUGAGAUGACACAAGCAAAAGAGCGACUAUCAACAUUGUCUGGCCAGUUAGCUGAAGUGGAACAAGACCUAGAGACAGCCAGAAAAGAACUGAUUAAGUCUGAAGAAAUGAGUACUAAAUACCAGAGAGAUAUCAGAGAGGUAAUCGCUCAGAAAGAGGAUAUGGAAGAAAGGAUAACAACUUUGGAAAAGCGGUACCUUAAUGUGCAGAGAGAAUCAACUUCAUUACAUGACAUAAAUGACAAACUUGAAAAUGAAUUGGCAAAUAAGGAUGCAUUCCUACGCCAGCUUGAGGAAAAAAAUAGACAGCUGCAGGAACGUCUGGAACAUGCUGAACAGAAGCUACAACAAACAAUGAAGAGAGCAGAAACAUUACCAGAGGUAGAAGCUGAACUUGCCCAGAGAAUUGCAGCUCUGACAAAGGCAGAAGAGAGACAUGGCAGCAUAGAAGAACGUUUGAGGCACUUAGAGACUCAGCUUGAAGAAAAGAAUCAGGAACUUCAGAGGGCCCGUCAAAGAGAGAAAAUGAAUGAAGAGCAUAAUAAGAGACUGUCUGACACAGUGGACAGAUUGCUCACAGAGUCUAAUGAGCGACUUCAACUGCAUCUAAAAGAGCGAAUGGCUGCAUUAGAAGAUAAGGGGAAUGGAGGAGGCAGCUCCUGGACUGGAGGCUGUCGCAGGCGAGUCCCAGACCAGGCCAGCGCGGAAGGCAAGUCCUGGAGACAGUCCCAGACUAGGACGGCACAGAAUGCGAAUCCCAGUCCUGGCCUGCAUGGAAGGCGAGUUGCAGAGGCAAGUCCCAGACCAGGCUGGCAUGGAAAGUUAAUUCAGGAGGAAAAAGAGUCAACUGAACUUCGUGCAGAGGAAAUUGAGAAUCGAGUGGGUAGUGUUAGCCUUGAAGGUUUAAAUUUGGCCAGAAUGCAUCCAGUGAGAUCUAUUACAGGUUCUGCCACUGCUUCAUCAUUAGCUAGCUCCUCCCCUCCAAUCAGUGGACAUUCAACACCCAAAUUCAGAGCACGUAGCCCUGCCCGAGACAUUGAUCGUAUGGGCGUCAUGACAUUGCCAAGUGACCUAAGGAAGCAUCGGAGAAAGAUUGCAGCUGUGCAGGAAGAAGGUCGUGAAGAUAAAGCCACAAUAAAAUGUGAAACAUCACCACCAUCAACACCAAGAGCAGUAAGAAUGACACACACCCUGCCCUCCUACCAUGAUGAAGUACGUAGUUUUUCAGCAUCGAUAGAAGCAGAAAUGGGCAACUAUAGCAGUACAAGUAGCCAAGACUCACUUCAUAAAGCGCAAAAGAAGAAAGGAAUCAAAUCUUCUAUUGGCCGUUUGUUUGGCAAAAGAGAGAAAGGACGGUUAGCACAUCUUAGAGGCAUUUUUGACACAGAAAUUGGUAAUCCAGAUUCCCUUGGACUGGGAAAACUCGGAACUCAAGCUGAAAAAGAUAGAAGAUUGAAGAAAAAGCAUGAAUUGUUAGAGGAAGCCCGGAGAAAAGGUUUGCCAUUUGCACAAUGGGAUGGACCGACAGUCGUCGCGUGGCUUGAGCUGUGGCUUGGAAUGCCUGCAUGGUAUGUUGCUGCUUGCCGUGCAAAUGUGAAAAGUGGUGCCAUCAUGUCUGCCCUGUCUGACACUGAGAUCCAAAGAGAAAUUGGAAUCAGUAAUCCUCUUCAUCGCUUAAAACUCAGACUGGCGAUCCAAGAGAUGGUGUCACUUACAAGCCCAUCGGCACCCCCAACAUCGAGAACAAAGGAGUCUGAAGAAGGCAGUUGGGCUCAGACAUUGGCUUAUGGUGACAUGAAUCAUGAAUGGAUUGGUAAUGAAUGGCUUCCUAGCCUAGGAUUACCGCAGUAUCGCAGCUACUUCAUGGAAUGCCUAGUAGAUGCUAGAAUGCUGGAUCAUUUGACAAAGAAAGAUCUUCGUAUUCAUUUAAAAAUGGUGGAUAGCUUUCACCGGACAAGUCUACAGUAUGGUAUUAUGUGCUUGAAACGGUUGAACUAUGAUCGAAAAGAACUGGAGAAGAGAAGAGAAUUAAGCCAACAUGAAAUUAAAGAUGCAAUAGUGUGGAGCAAUGACCGUGUAAUCAGGUGGAUACUGUCCAUUGGCCUUCGAGACUAUGCAAACAACCUCAUGGAAAGUGGUGUUCAUGGAGCACUCCUAGCCUUGGAUGAAAACUUUGACUAUAGCAGUUUGGCUUUAAUACUUCAAAUUCCCACUCAAAACACACAGGCGAGGCAGGUACUUGAAAGAGAGUAUAAUAAUCUUCUUGCACUUGGAACAGAGCGGGCUCUUGAUGAUGAUGAUGAGAAAAACUUCCAGCGAAGGCCAUCCUGGAGAAAACAGUUCCCUCCCCGUGAAGUUCAUGGAAUCAGCAUGAUGCCUGGAUCUUCUGAAACACUUCCUGCAGGUUUCAGAUUAACAACCACGUCCACAAAAAGAUCAUCUGAUGUCGGCACAUCAGGAAUGCAAAGGAUAGACAAUUCCACCAUUCGGACUUACUCUUGCUGACAGCCAGGGAAGUUGAAACAGCAUUAUUUUGAGUAUAUUCCUGAUGCCUGUAAGGAAAAACAUUAAUUGCCUUUGAAGACUGACACAAUCAACAGCAAUUUGCCAGCUGGAUGAGUUGGAUGUUGCUGAUAGGGGGAACAGUUGCACAAUUUAAAGAUGAUUCUUGUGAAAAUAU